UGUCUCUUUUAACAGAGGUUUCCGUUGUCUGCACAUCAGCCCUGCCUGUCAGGCGUCACCAAAAAAAAGCCACUGCAGCUGAACGACCACGAAAAGGAGAUGCACCACAGCAAGAGUGAAUAGCAAGUGCAAGCCAGCACGAGAGUAAACUGACCUUUGGAGCCAACAGCAUCAUUAGGGGGCUGGACUUGGACUGGAUUAGCAUUCAGCAGCAAAAACAGAUGCUGAGCUUUCAAGAGGCCUCUAAUGAAGAAUAUGAAAUCAUAAGACCCUAGGCCCUGCAGGAUAAGUAUCUGUGGUUCAAUCGGUGCCAUGAAUAAUACCACCCACGCAUGCCAAUCUAUGCCUUACAGCACUACCAAGUACUUCAAGCUUCCAGUGUACACCGUAGUGUUGUUGGUCGGGUUUCCUCUGAGCAUCUUAGCACUUUGCGCUUUGGUCCGCCAAAUGAAGAGAUCCGUUGUCCUCUCAGUUUACAUCAUCAGCUUGGUCUUGGCCAACCUCUUGCAGAUCCUGACCCUCCCUUUCUGGAUGUACCACAGUUACCACGACCACCUCUGGGGCCUAGGGAAAGAGCUGUGUGUGGUCGCCAUCCUUGCUUUCCGCACGAACUUCUAUGCCAAGAAUGGUUUCUUGUGCCUCAUCGCGAUGGAGCGAUAUAUCGGACUGGUUCACCCCCUCAGAUUCCACAGGUUGCAGACAGUGGCCGGGGCCGGCAAAGUGAGUGUCGUUGCUUGGCUUCUGGUGAUGGUCCUUUGUGCCAUCGGCAUCGGACUACAGGUGAAUCACCCGGGACCGUGGCAUGAACAUUGUCUAGAUGGCUCCGAAAAGAAUCAUCACUAUGCCCAGUUUAAAGUUGGCAUCAUAGGCCUGGCCUUCUUUUUACCUUUCUUUCUUAUGGGGUUCUUCUACUUCCGGGUCCUGUUUGAGCUUCGGAAGGUGGUCUCUCUGGAGAAGAGGACGAAGAGGCAAAUCUAUGGUUUCAUCUCCCUCAUCACCGCCACCUUCUUCCUUCUCUUCACCCCUUACCAGGUGACUUUGUCUUACAGGUUCUACAGGGAGGUGAUGCUGUCAAAGAGUGACAGUCCCGCUUUGUGCAAUUUUUUGAGAAACGUCUUCAUCUACCAACAGGCAACGCUGUGUUUAAGUACAGUGGGCAAUAUUUUAGACCCUCUUCUCUACAUUUUGCUCCUUAAAGACGUCCGGGCAGAACUCAAAGAGACACUCAGCUUCAGGGCUCCCCAUAUAGGAAAUUCACACAAGUCGGAAGAGCAUCGUGUUUCUCAGUAUCGUACCACAGAGCAGAUGUAAGCAGAGGUGAGAGACAUUUAUUUCCUGCUCAGCAGUUCUCAGAAUCCUGUAGCCAAUGAUCACUGCACAAGAAUGCAGACAUGUUCUUGUGUUCACUGCUAUUCACAAAGUGACACUAACCAAGAGAAACAUCCCAGAAGCUGACUCGUUUUUUCCUCAGUUAACCGCUUUUUGCCCAAACACAAAGCAAUUGUCACAGCUCUUUUUCCACAACUGUGAAUGGUAAUGAGUGCAAGAGGAUAUCCUGAGUAGACCAUCUAGACUGCUGCCAUGGGUGCUGUCAACCUUCAGUCUGCCCUUUGCUAUGUAAACCAGAGCAUCCCUUUUCCAGCGGGAAACGCUGGCUUGCUAUUGCAUAGCAAUACCAGGCCAUUUCCUGGCAUUUUGAAUUGUGGGUGCCCAAUAUCUCACAUUCAUAAACUGGAGAUUUUUUUAAAAAAAGAGUUUUUUAAUGGGAGUUUAAAUAUACAGAUGCUGCACACCAAUUCAAUCAGAAAUUAACUGAAGAAGAAAAGCUAUAUCGGACCGAAAGAUUGACAAAGAUGUUGUGUGCAUGUUUUCCAAAAUAUUUCUUCUCACUUUUUGAAUUUUUUUUUAAAAAAGAGAGAGGUUGGAAUUAGCAAAGAUUUGCCACUGGAAGCCAAGAGCAAAAUCAUCCAUAUUAGAUGAAAGAAAGACAUUGAGGAAAGACAGGGACAAAAAAA